AUGGGAGAUCCCGCAGUAGUCACGGUCCCUCAGGCGGAGAAGAAAUUCAAGACCGAGCUCAAGGACUAUUCCGUUCGGCGAGAGGGCGAGAAAUGGCCCUACACAACUGACAUCGAUGUCGACGCAUUGAUUGUCGGGGCAGGCUUUAGCGGCAUCUUCAUGCUUAAAAGUCUCCGCGAUCGUGGGCUCAAGGCUGUCAUUUUCGAAGCUGGUAACGACACUGGAGGGACUUGGAGGUGGAACUGUUAUCCCGGGGCUCGCGUGGACUCCGCCGUACCAGAGUACGAGUUCUCCUGGCCUGAAGUAUACAAAACCUGGAACUGGUCAACCAACUAUCCCGACUACAAAGAACUUCGAGCAUACUUUGACCACGUGGACAAGGUGAUCGGAGUAAAGAAAGACUGCUCCUUCAACACAGUCGUAACCAGCGGCACCUUCGACAAGGAACAAGGUAAAUGGAUCGUGAAAACAGCAGAUGGGCGCACGAGCAAGGCCAGGUUCUUCAUUCUAGGGACCGGAUUCGCUGCCAAGCGCUAUGUUCCUGACUGGCCCGGCAUACAAAAGUUCCAGGGAAUUGUGCACCACUCUUCCUUCUGGCCUGACGAGGAAAUUGACGUUCGUGGAAAGCGGUGCGCAGUGAUUGGGACUGGCGCCUCGGGAGUCCAGAUAACUCAAGAAUGGGGACCCGUCGCCGGAUCACUCAAAGUUUUCCAGCGAACUCCCAAUCUGGCGAUGCCGAUGGGCAGGAGGCCCCUCACUGUCGAGGAGCAGACGGCCUCGAAGCAGUGGUACCACCGAUUCUUCGAGAUGCGCGAGAGGACAUUCGGAGGGUUUUUGUACACCUUCUCCGAGAAGAAAACCUUUGAGGACUCCCCAGAGGAGCGGGAAAAAUUCUACCAGUCGCUGUUCGACAAUGGUGGCUUCGAGUUCUGGCUGGCCAACUACAACGACUACUACAAGGACGCCGAGGCCAACAAGGAGGCAUACAACUUCUGGGCCAAGACCGUGAGGAGUCGGAUUGGUGAUCCAAAGAAGCGAGAUGCGCUUGCACCUCUCAAGAUGCCGCACUACUUCGGCAUCAAAAGACCAUGUCUCGAACAGACCUACUAUGAGCAGUUCAACAGGGAGAAUGUCGACGUCGUCGACAUAUCGAAGAAUAACAUCAAGGAGUUCGAUGAGACCGGCAUCACACUCGAUGAUGGCACGCACUACGAAUUCGACGUGAUCGCCAUUGCUACCGGUUUUGACAUCGCGACCGGCGGCAUGACCCAGAUGGGGCUCAAGUCCAUCGAAUCCACUGACCUUGAGUCGGAAUGGCGGGCAGCAGCCAAUACUUACCUUGGUCUCACCGUAUCUGGAUACCCCAACAUGUUUCACAUGUAUGGGCCCCAUGGCCCAACUCUGCUGUCCAAUGGCCCCGCGACCGUGGAGGUCCAAGGUCGGUGGAUAGCAGACGCCAUUGUGAAGAUGAAGCGCGAGGGUGUCAAGUACAUUAACGCCACCAAGGAUGCAACCAAGGCAUGGAAAAAGCACAUCAACGAGUUGAGCGAUGCGACCCUGCUCCCAACGACACGAAGCACAUAUAUGGGUGGCAGCGUGCCGGGCAAAGCCUUCGAGCAGGUCAACUACGCCGGCGGCAUCCCGGCGUACAGAGUUGAAAUACGAGAGGCCCUCCCGGAUUGGAAAGGCUUUGAGGUGGUCAAGGAGGACGGUACGACUGCUGGGACGAUCAAACCGUAG